AUGAACCUAUCAAGUGAACAACAAUGUCACAAUAAACUUUCUCAAAUAAAAUCAUCUCAAGACAGUUUCUGCCGCGUGUAUAUAUCAUCAUCUUACAUUGACAUGCAUGCGGAACAUGAUCUGAUUUACCAUACUUUAGUGCCAAAUUUGUGUCAAAGUGUUGCACAAAAGUGCAGUACUUGCCUUGAUCUAGUUGAUCUACGUAUUGGUGUUCCUGAAUCAAUCACCUGUAGUCUCAUAGCUUUGGAAAUGUAUUUGAAACAAGCAGCAGCCUCUGAUAUAUUUAUCUUGUUAUUGGGUGAUAAAUAUGGUUGGGUUCCCGAUGAAUCGUUAGUUAGAGCAUUGCCUGAUUCACUUCUAGCUGAAGUCAAUAAAUUUUACAAGCCUGGAAUGUCUGUCACAGAAAUGGAAUAUCAUAUGGUGAAACUAGCUGCCGUAAAUAAAUUGUCCAGAUCAAGUUUCAACAUGUUUCCUUCUACAGUGUUCGUAUUCAUUCGAGAUUUUAAUACAAGUGACAUACCGAAUGAAUAUGGACAAAUAUUUCGUGAUCACGAUCCAGUCAAUCUUCAUCACCUCGAUGCGUUCAAACAACUCUUACUGAAUGAUGGAGUUUCUAUCCUCAGUUAUUCUGCUCGAUUCAUUGGUGUAAUUGAUGACCGUCCGAUGAUGGGAAAUCUAGAUAACUUUGCAAAUCAAUUUCUAUCAACACUAGAAUCAACGCUUAAGAGAUUAUAUUACAACCCUGUAAAUGACGCCAUUAAAUCGCCAAUGGUUACGUCGUCUGAUGAUAAUGAUGAACUGAUAGAUAUUUCAGAAUUUUUUGCAACUUAUGUAAAUCCAAUAGCUUGUAAUAUAUCACCACGACAUUUGUUAAAUAUACAACAUGCCUUUAAAACAAUGAUUAGAAAAUGUGUUCCGACGUAUUUCACUGGCCAACAUACAAAAUCUGAUGAAUCUUCAAAUACAACUUCUAAGAACGUGAGAAUUGAAGAUAGAACCUCAAAUAAUCAAAACGAAAAUGGAGGGAUUUUAGUCAUUACUGGAAGUCCUGGAAGUGGAAAAACUGUUCAUCUGGCUGCAUUAGCAAUGUCGCUGGCUGCAAGUGAUCAUCAGUCUACUUUGAUGAGCUCGAAAGAUUAUACUCGAUCAACAAGUACCACACGGAAAUCAAUGUCAAACAAUCAAUCAUUGGCAAAGUAUCAAAUUUUAAUUCAUUUUACCAAUGGUAUACCGAGUACAGGUUUACCAUCAUGUAAACAAUUGUCUAAAGUGCUUGAUCAUUGGAUCAAAUGUCUAGCUGCCCAAUUACAGAGUUUAUUCAGUUCAUCAAAUAUUCUUAAAAUGUUUCUUUCGAAGAUCAAAGUUAAUUUGGAUAGCACAAAUACAGCAAACGAUCACCAUAAUCUGAAAUUGAAAAUGCUUUGUUUUAAUAAAAUGAUAUGGUUUUUGGGUUGCAUACCUGGAUUGAAUUAUGCUUUUCUAAUUGACGAUAUAGACUAUCUUGAUCCGUUGAUAUUAGACGACUGGCUACCAUCGGUCUUACCAAAAAAUGUUCAGUUUAUUUUCACAUGUCAUUCUAAUUCGGAAAUCAUACAAAAAUUAACAUGUCAAUAUAACAAAAACACUUGUUCAGUGUAUCAGAUACCUCAGUUGACUUCCGAAGAAUCUCGUGCUGUUAUAUUGUCUCAUUUACAUAGUAAUGGAGUGUCUUGUGUUAAUUCUCAAUUAGAAUAUGAGAUCGCUUUACUAAUUUCAGCUUGUGAGUCAAAUAAUCCAUCGUAUUUCAAUAUGGUUUGUAAAUAUCUACAAGUAUGUGGAAGUCAUGAUGAGGUGAAAUCUCAUCUGAAAAUGUUAUCUGGCACAAUUGAUCAGUUAAUAGAUGAGAUCAUUAAAAAUCUUGAAGUUGAAUAUAAACAUGACUUGAUUAUUGCAACACUGGGCUUUUUAAUCUUCUGUCGUCACUCAUUGUCAAGUAAAGAACUUUUAAUUCUACUCAAUGAAUGGCUUUUUACUACACAAAAUAUCAAUGAAAAAUAUGAAAUGAAUUGGGAGAAUAAUCCAUGGAAAAUGCUUUCUGUCAUACAGGAUAAACCGAAUGAUUUAGAAUCUAUAUGUACACUUGAAAGUAACAUUGACAGAUUUAUUCUGUCAAAAUGUACAAACAAUUUGUGUGCUUUAGACAAAUCGAAACAAUUACAUUUAACUCCACUUGCAUUUCAUAUUCUUCUCAGUAGAUUACGUCCGUUAAUGAUUAUUUUCAAUAAAUCAUUGCAUUGUUUCAAUAACACAUCCAAUGGUAAUAAUAAUAUUAGUAAUGUUAUUUCAACUGAAAAGAUGACAUUGAAUGGGAAAAUUGAAUUAUGGAAUUUAGGUGCAGAGAAUUUAUCAUUUCUAAGUCACUCGAUUGAAGAAAUAGUAUUCAAUAAAUUUUUUGAAAAUCAUGGAAAUUAUAUGUACUCAGAGUAUACUUUUAAUGCUACUAUUCACAAAAUAUUGGCUGUUGUUUUGUCAGAUUUGGAUGAUAAACUAUAUCAUUUUUUGUAUGCUGAUGAAUUGGAUAUUAUUUGUCAUUUGCUCACAAGUCCCAUGUUUAUAUGCAGAAUUUUAAGUGAAUAUCCGUCAACAUUGAUGAGAUUUCUCAAUGGAUAUCCUACGACUGAUCGAUGUAUACAAGAAAAGUGGAAAAGGAAGCUGGAAUUAUGUCCUUUUAUUGACAAAAUUGAUGCGAUGAAAACGUUUGUUUGUGUAAACUAUGAAUUUUUAGUAAAAUAUCCGAAUUCGUUUUGUGAAUUAGCUAUCAACCAAGAUUCCAGUGAAUGGAUCUAUACGUUAGGCCUUUCAUUGUUGUAUCUUAAUGAUUUCAGUGUACAAAGGCAAUUAAACAUGAACAAUAGUCAAAUACUCUUCCGUGUAAAUUUACCGAAAUGCGCAUUGAUUAAACCUAUGCAAAGGAAUAUAACACAUAAACCAAUUGUGACUUUGAAUGGUUCCAUGGAUGUGCCAACAUCUGUGGAAAUGAAUUCAACUGCUAAAGUAUUGGUGUAUGGAACUAGGUGUGGUACGAUUACAUUCGUAGAAUUGUCCACUAUGCGUGAACUGUGCUCAUUAACUGGACACCGUUCAAGCGUUCAAAGUUUAUGUUUCCUUGACGAAUUUCCCAGUAAACCUAAAAAUAUAAAAUCUCCCGAAAAGUUCAUUUCAGAACUUCGGUUAAUGAGUACCUCAGAAGAUAGUGAUGUUUAUAUCUGGGAUGCGUCUACCGUGAUUCACAAUGUUGAAUCUAAAGUGCAUGACAAAACAGUGAUUUCACAAUUGGCAUCGUUAUGUGGAUAUCAUCGUCGAUGUGUAACUACUUCUGCAUGGCAUCCUAGACGUCGACUGGUUGCUACCGGUGAUUUAGACUGUAUGGUUUACUUAUGGGAUGUUUCAGAAAUUGAUGUUAAAUCCAGUGAGCUAUCGACAAGUGUCUGUCCUGUAAAGCUUCACCCAUUUAAGUCAAUAAAUGUAUCCAGUUAUCCGAUUAUUUCAAUUGCGUUUCGAUUGCCAUCUGUUUUAAGCAAUGAACAAGAAGACCUAAUACACGAUGAUUUGGCUAUAGGGUGUUGGGAUGGUACAAUACAUUUCUACAAUUUAUCUUCCUUAUCUAUUGUGAGGUCGCUAUCUGCAUCAACGUCACUCUGCUCACUCGCCUACUCACCAAAUGGAGGGAAUAUAUUAGCAACGUUUGAUAAAGAUGGUGUAUUAAUGCUGUGGAACGAUGACAUACUUUGGUAUCAAGGUGGUGUAAUACAAGAAGACUCUUGUUUUACAAUUGAGUAUUUCCCAUAUGAUCAAACUGAUGAAUUAAUUCCAAACCAAUAUGGGAAGAUAUGCUUUUCGAAACCAAAUGGUCAGUACAUUUUCCAGUCAGGUGGUGGCCAAUUUUUGAAUAAUUACAUUAAUAUAUGGGAUACUGGACUAUGGGGAACCUUUGGUCCAUGGAUUGAUGUAAAACCACCUCAAAUAGGUUCAGGAAAUCCUACAUAUGUAACUUAUGUGACAAUGUUGUUUACUUACGAACAUGCUUUAAUAGGUUGGAGUAAUGGCGAUCUGACUGUUAUUCGUGUGUUUGACGGUAGAUUAAUUCAUUAUUUGAAAGCAGCAACAGAAGAUAAUUCAUCUAUCCAGUGUAUUACAAGCAGUUGUGCAAGAUCUUGUUCAGCAUUUGAUGCAUAUCAUAUUAUUGUUGGUUAUGCAUCUGGCGCUGUACGAAUAUUUCUAUGCAUUUUAAGACCAAAAGUUAGUCCAUACAAAGAUCGUUAUGUGUAUCAGUCGGCAAAUGCCAUGUCAGAGUUUCAAUUCCAACUCAUUGAUACUUUAUGGUCACAUUGUAUAAAUCAUAAUGUGAAUGGUGGAGUGCGGGAAAAUGAAGGGACAUUAUGUGUUGCAAGUGACUUCUGUGUAGCUGUUACUGGAGGUGGGAAUGCUGAGACAUGGGUUCAUUUUAUUGGUCGACGGACUGGUAGUAAAAUUAAGAAGUCUGUUUGCCUGAAAGAACACAAUUCUGCAGUAAUCGCUGUUAGUAUGGAUAGCAAAUUUUUCGCGACAGCUUCUAAAAGCAGACAAUUGGCGUUGUAUAAAUUCGAUCCAUUAGAACGUACUGUAACCUUAUGGCAUUUAAUCAAUGAUGUUGGAACAGCUCCAAUCACUUCUUUCUACUUAUUACGUAUGUUCCUUGGUGUGGACACAAUCAGUAUAUCAGUGUAUAUUGGUGAUAGUAAUAGUCUACUGCAUAAUUACGCAAUAAUUGAUAAAAAGUUCCAAUUGAAACAAACAUUCGAUGCAAAUAAAUCUCCUAUAAAAUUUAUGGAACAUGGUUCGAAUCAUUUGUUAGCUGCUUCGGAUGAUGGUGAAGUUAGUGUCUGGAAGCAUGAUAAACAUGGUGCUUUGCAAUUCUCUCAUCGUCUCAAUGUCUGCACAGAUAUGCCGUCAAAGAAUAAUAGUAAUAAUAGCACUUUGGAAGAAUCAUAUUAUUUGACCAGCUUUUUCAUGUUCUUCGUUGGUUAUGAUCCCUUGAAGUUUGAACGAACACUGUACGAUCCAACUGUUGAAACAAUCGACAAAUUGAUGAUAUCCAAAGCUGAUAACCAACAUACUGAAUCUGAUGAUCAAGUGAAGGAUCCGGAUUCUGAGGUUACUUCACUUAGUGGAUGUUGCAUGUCAAACAGUAAUAGUUAUGUAACAGGUUCUGAUCAAAAAAUUUAUGAAUGUGGUUACAAAAUACAUAUUGAUAUUGAAGAGGAAAAUAAAACAUAUUUUAUUGCUACUGAUUAUCUGAAAGAUGAACAAUUUCAUUUGUUGAAUUCAUGUAAAAAAGGAUACAUAGUUUAUCGAGAUACAUCAUAUGAUGCAACGUGUCGUUUAUUAUAUGGUGUUAGAUUAUCAUGCAAUAAAUCGUCUGAUUGCUCACAAGUUAUUCAAGAUUUUUGUUAUCGAAUAUUUGCACCAUUCAUUCUACAAUAUCGUGGUACAUUGAAAGGACACUCAGGUCUUGUUCCAUGUGCGCUGACCUCUGGAUGUACCACUAAUAGUGAUGAAGAUUGUAUAGUUGCUAGUGCAUCUGGUCGAACUGUGUGUGAUGUCGGUUGUGAUAUUCGUCUUUGGAGUAUACCUUCGAAAAGGAAACUAUUGAAUUAUCAACCAAAUCAACAUUUUGGACCGAUCACAUGUUUGGGCCAAUUAAAAAUUACAGAUCACUACAGUAUCUGUAUAUCAGGUUGUAUGGAUGGGAGUGUAAUGUUUUGGUCAUUUAAGAAUUCCGAGCCGUUGGAUCUUAAACAUGUGUCAGUUGCAGACUUGACAAAUAACAAGUCUAUAGAAUGGAAACCGUUAUUACAUGGAUUUUGUUCAGCGUUACGACCAAAAUAUGCAAUAUCCGAUAUUGCUACACAAACUUAUGUGAUGGAUGAAUCGAAACGAACAGUGCAAUAUUUGAUUUAUAUUGCUUACGGUGAAAAAUUAUGGAGAAUGCGAAUUAUAUUGGAUCAGUCUAAUAUGUCUAUGAACGAUGUACAUAAUACUUUUGAACGAUUGUUCUCUAUGAAUGGGAAAACAGAACUCCAUUUUGCAGAAUUAGAUGUAUUCUGGUCAUCUGAAUUAGAUAUUCCUUGUUCUGAUAUUGCUAGCUUCACUGCAAGUCAUCCUAUUGUAAAAAUAUCUCCACGUUAUGCUAAACCUAAUGAAUUAGAACAAUGUGAAGUUAUUGCUGUCCUCGUCAAUGGUGAUGUAAUUGUUUUGACGAGUAAUGAACAUGAAAAGUUUUCAUUUGAUCAAUGUAUUGUAGAAAAUGGUUUAUGGUGCUCAUCUAUAGGUGCCAGUGUUGUUGGAGUUUUCACUACACGUUCAGGCAUGGCUUUUAUAUGUAGACACACUGAUGAAAGUCGUACAUUUCACCGUAUUUCUGGAUACAUGGGAUCAUGUGAAAAAGAAAUGUGGAUAAAUACAUUCAGUGUUCUAUCUACCGUACAAGCAGAAGGCAGUCAUUUAUUGUAUUUGGCUGAAUGUCAUCUUAUGAAUUGUUGGAAAAUUCUCAUUUGUAAUGAAAAUGGUGAUUUGGUGACAGAUUUUACACUUGAUAAUUCAUCAAUAAAAGUUACUGGAUAUUGUGCGAAGUUACUAUCACCAACUGAAGACAAUAGUUCAACAUUGAUCUAUCUAAUAAUUGCAACAUCAGAUAAUAUUUUACGUGUUCUAGGAUGUGCAGUAAACAAUCCAAUCACAGUGGUGAAUUCAAAACAGUGGAAACAGGUUGCUAUGUAUCCAGUUGAGACAGAAAUCACUCAACUUUAUACUCUUGAUGGUGGUAGUCAAUUGAAAAUUCUUGCCGGUGAUAGACAAGGACAAAUUCAUUGUUUUACAUUAUUGUGA